UGCGCCGUGUCUGCUCAGUUUGAAACAAGUGUUUCGAGGAAAAUGCAGUCCGUGAAAGUGAUAUUUGUUCUGUCCUUGACCCUGGCAGCUGCUUUUGCUGGCCCGAGGCUGCCGCCCGGUGCCCCGAAACCCCUCGAUGGAGAUGACUUAUCUAAGGCUAAGGAGCUCUUGAACACCACCCUCGCCAAACUUGCCACAGGAGAUGGUCCCAAUUACCAAGUAGUGAAUGUGAUCUCGGCAACUAGCCAAUUGGUGGCUGGGUCGCUGCACAAAUUCGAGGUGGAGCUGUCCAACGGAUCCGAGACCAAGGAGUGCACCGUUAAGAUCUGGGACAGGCCAUGGUUGCAUGAGAAGGGAAAGGCCACCAAUGUGAAGGUUCAGUGCAAAGAUGAAGCAGUUGUUGAAAAGACCUGGUAGACCGUAUUUGCAGUGGUUACCUAUGCGAUUCUAUAAAAAGAGCAAUCACUGGUGCUCGAGAAUUUGAACAGAAAUGGGUGUGCUUAUCAUAUAAUUGUUCUGUGAUAAUUAAAUUCAGUGGAUCGUGCAGUAACCAG